GGAAAAGGUUUGAGAUUGUUAAAUUAGGAAACACUGAACAAAAUGGGAUUUUAGGAAAUUAGGAAACACUAAACACUGCUCUCUCCAUAUAAUGGCCAAUCAAAUAUUUGAACUGCAAAUAAUUGAAGAGAUCAGAAUGGCCACCAUGAGAGCUUCUCCGCUUCCUAACUCCUCCGCACUCCGCAUAACCCGUGCGCCGAACCUCUCGGCCGCCGCCGCCCCAUAUUUUCCGGCCAGAUGGAGGUCCGGGUCCUCUGGGAUUGAGACGACUACUGAUGCCCAGCAGCAGGAUACUCUGUUUUUGGACGGCCUUCAGCUUCCCACUACUUUUGAGGAUGUGCCAUCUUUUCCGGCUGAAAGGAGGUCAGAGCUACCGCCGCCGCAGCGGCAAGAUCCUCCUUUUCUUGAUGGCAGCCUGAUUCGUAUUGGUCCUGAUGCACCACACUUCCCGGACGCCGCUGCUCCAUGUUUCCCGGCCGGAGGGAGGUCUGGGAUUGAGACAGCUUUUGCUCCGCGGGAUAGGAGGCCACAAUUGCCGCCGCCGCGCCGCCAACGUCAGUAUGAUCUGUUUGUGGACGGCGUUCUGGUUUCCACCGGCUUUGUGGAUCCGCCAUCUUUUCCGGCCGCCGUUUCCCCAUCAAGAACGAAUAGAGAGCCUGAAGCUUGUCGUGUGUGUUUGGACGACGUAAUUCCCCACAAUAUCGAAAGUAAUUGCAUUGUCAAAUGGGUGCGGAGAAACAGGUGUCUUUUGUGCAGGGCAGCACCCAUAAUUGAUUGAAACAAAAAAAAAUAAAAAGUCAAUUGGGUU